UAUAAUUUAUUGCCUGUGUAUGUGGGUGUGGUGACUCCUCCUAACAAGAUGUCGGAAGUUUCUUUGUUUGAUCCUGUUAGAAAUGGACUGGAUAAGAACUUUAGGCUCACUAAUUGUACCAAAUUGAAAGGAUGAGGUUGUAAAGUCCCUCAAGAGGAUCUCAUGAAACUCUUGGAAGGACUAGGUCAACCUGAUGGAGAGGGAAUGGGUAUUGGUUUAGACAGUUGUGUCAUGAAGACCAAGAUAAAAGGAGUGUUUCUUAUUCAAACUACUGACUUCUUUUAUCCUUUGGUUAAUGAUCCAUAUAUGCAGGGGAAAAUUGCUUGUGCUAAUGUAUUGAGUGACCUUUAUGCUAUGGGAGUCGAACAUUGUGACAAUAUGCUAAUGCUGUUAGGUGUUAGUAGUCAACUAUCAAAAAAGGAGAAAGAUGUUGUGACACCACUGAUUAUUAAAGGAUUUAAUGAUUUAUGCAUUGAAGCAGGCACAAGUUGUAAUGGAGGUCAGACUGUUAUUAAUCCAUGGUUUAUUAUUGGUGGAGUAGCAUCUGCUGUUACCAUGAAAGAAAAGUUUAUAAUGCCUGAUCAAGCAAUUGCUGGUGAUGUGCUUGUUCUGACUAAACCAUUAGGAACUCAGAUUGCUGUAAAUGCUCAUCAGUGGAUAGAAACACAACAGUGGGAAGAAUUUGAAAGUCUUGUUACCAAAGAACAAAUCAAAUCAGCUUACCUUGCGGCUAUGUACUCAAUGGCUAGAUUAAAUAAAACUGGAGCAAAAUUGAUGCACAAGUAUGGAGCUCAUGGUGCUACUGAUGUAACUGGAUUUGGAAUUUUAGGCCACAUUCAGAAUUUAGCUCGUGCACAGAAGGAGUCCGUUUCAUUUGUUAUUCAUUCUCUUCCAAUAUUGGAUCAUAUGGAUGUGGUUGCCUCGAAAGCUGCAGAUAAUGGUCUGAACUUCAAACUAAGAGAAGGAUUCUCAGCAGAAACAUCAGGUGGUCUAGUCGUUAUACUUUCAAAAGAUAAAGCUGAAUUGUUUUGUAAAGAAAUUGAAGAAAUUGAUAAAGUCCCAGCAUGGAUUAUUGGAGAUGUUGUACCUGGCAGUAGAGAAGCCUCCAUUUCACCAGAUAUGAAAGUUAUCAAUGUACUGCACAAUAACACUCUCUAAAGUUUGUAAUGAAGCUUUAUUACAUGUAUGUCUCUUGUACAUGUGCUUUGAUGUGAAGUUUUGUGGCUAAAUCAAUCACACUGGUGCUGCAAAACAGAUGUUUCAGCAAAGCUACAUGUAUAAGACUAAAUAUUUUAUUGAAUCUUGUUGUUAACUAUCAUGCUUAUCAGUUUUGUUUUUAAUAUAAUAAUUAUUCUCAAAUUA